AUGCGCUACUAUGUAAGGAAUGAGUUUAACUCACCAAACGCAGCCUACUCUAUCGUCUACAGGAUGCUUGCAGGUUAUGACGUCUAUGCACAGCAGCUCAUCACACUUGGCCAUGGACAUCCUCUGUGGGAGCCCGAGCCGAAGGAAGAGACCGAAGUAGAGAUCGGAGAUGUAGGGUAUCUACGUCAGGGCGGUUUCUAUCGCAUGUUCAAUGCCCUCCGCGAUCCCCAAGAUCCGCUCAACACCGCAGUGGGUACUCCGCAAGACUUCGAGAAAUUUACUUGCGAGGCAAUGCAGCCCCAUCGCGUUGAUAACGCGAUCGCGCCCGGUCCUGUUGCGAGCAAAACGCUGAGGAAGAUCCCAGUCAGCGAAGAACUCAAUGUACACAGCAUCUACGAAUGCACAGACGAUCAAGGCGCCCUUCUCCUUCUCGAGACACCUGCUAUCAGAGAACAAUUGAUCAAGCUUCGUAAAUUGAAGAACUAUUUCAGUAAAAACAUAAGUAAUUGGCAUACUUUCGCCGCUGAGGAGCUGGGAUUGGACAAGAAGCCCGAGGAUAUCAUCUUCGUUCGCGGUUGGGUGAAGACUACCCGGUGGGCCAUGGCUGUUUUCACGAAUCAGGCGAAAUCAGCCAAAAUCUCAUUUGAAGGAGAUUUUGCAUUGCCUGCUCCUGCAUCGUUCUCGCUCUCGGUAUCAGAACAUAUAGCUCCACACUUCGACUGCCGUUCAGGGCCCAGGGACAGGCUUCACGGAGCAGGACAGCAUCCGCUCCCCGAUCCAAGUUGGCCUGCAGAUCGGUGCAUAUUCCUACAUUACAUCAGGCUGAAGAAGCGAUCCCUCUUGCCGGAUACAAUCGAGGCUGCUGCUGAACCGUCUUCAUCAAACGGCGGGGAUCGCGGCAACACUAUGAAGGGUGGAUCGCAGGAAUACCUGGAUAUCACCCCUUCAAUCUUUGACGAUGCACGCGCAUUCCUCGAGAGCGCAGAGCCUCUUAUCAAAGUGACUGCCGAGAAGCUUGGUAUGCUGUUGCUUACAAGCGAAGAGGAUCCAGAGGAGGACAUCCAGUCUACGUACCUGGAGACGGACACUCGCAGCACUGACGUCUCCUGCCAUCGGAUGGGGAAUGGCUUCAGCGGAGUGCUAUCGAAGACGGGUAGUGAUGUAACCUCAGCACAAGUGCUUAAUCUGACUGGAACCUGGUCGAAAGUCUUGAAAGGUCAACGUGGUCCAAUGCCGCCACUAUCUUCUCCUCAAUAUUUCGCACUGCAAUACCUGGACUUGAGGGUCCCCGUCAACAAUUUUGUUCUAGCUGAGCUUGUCUCGCUCGAAGCCAUGAGACGUACGUCACGUUCGACAUAUCAGCCUCUCGGCGGCUCGGUCGUCGUUUACCGGCCCGAGAAAGAGAAAGAGUGCUUGCCGUUGGCGAUGACGGUGAAUACCGGAGGCGCAACAGAAAGUUCCUGCGGCAAUGCCCUCGAAACGUACGGCUUUCACAUCUAUCGGUGGAGCCUACCUCCAAGCUCACCUUAG